AUGGAGCCUCUUCAAUUCAAUAGAUACACACAAUUUCCAGACCUCAACUAUGGGCUGGAGCCGGUUCCCUCACAGGCCUCAGCUGUCUGGAAGCUGGACGGCAGCAUUGAAGUCGAUAAGCUGAUUCUGUCAUGGGCGUCGAUACUAAGUCGCUUGAGCGAGGAGGAAUCACCAAUCAUUCUUGUCGAUGGAACUCCCGUGAAAGUACAUCCAAAAACCAACCAGAUCGAGAGAGUCCAAGUUGAAACACUGGGUUCUGACUCUGGUAAUUAUACAAGCAUAGUCACCGCAGAAACUCCCGUUUCCAACGAGCAUUGUCAGCUCGAAGUCAGAUAUUCUCCCGUCCACUUGGAAGGGUCUAUCAUAUCUAGGGGCUGCGCAAGUGCAGAGUACUUGACCCAGAUCGCCAGGCAACUAGAAAGGCUUCUGCGAGAGUCCCCCAUGCUUUCAAUUCUCAAUCCAACGCCCAUGAUUCUUCCUGGCCCCCGCCUUUUUCAUGACAUGGUGCAACGGGCUGGCAGUGAACCAGCAAUAUCGUUCCUAAACGGAAACGGAGAAACAGAAGACCUAACUUAUGAGCAUCUUCAUUCACGCUCGGAAGAGCUAGCAUCCCACCUUGUGCACACUCUUGCAUCUCUCCCAGCUCCUGGGCAACACGGACGCAUCAUACCCGUACUUCUACCUCAAUCACUAGAUCUUUACGUGGCAUGGUUGGCGAUUCUCAAAGCGGGUGCAGCCGUCUGUCCCUUAAAUCUUGAUACCCCGACGGAGCGGCUUAACUUUAUAGUUGGGGAUGUUGAUGCUCGCGUAGUCAUUACCAAUGAGCAGCUCGCCGGGGCUUUCCAGCAGAUUGAAAUCCCAGUCACUGUAGUCAAGAUGGAAGACAGUAAGGACCUGACUGCAGACGGUCCUCCCGCUGUGGAUAUUCGGGAGGAAGAUCUGGCGUAUGUCAUGUAUACUUCUGGAUCUACUGGUCUGCCCAAGGGAGUAGGCAUCUCUCACCAUGCUGCUGUGCAGGCCUUACUGGCUCAUGACGAGAUAAUACCACCUUUUAGGAGAUUUCUCCAAUUUGCUGCACCGACAUUUGAUGUAUCAGUUUUUGAGAUCGUCUUUCCACUUUUCAGAGGUGUAACCCUCGUGGGGUGCGACCGACGGUUAAUGUUAAACGAUCUCCCUGGCAUCAUCAAUAAGUUGAAUAUCGACGCAGCUGAACUUACCCCCACCGUAUGCGGAGAACUCCUCCGAUCACGAGCAGCAACACCCUGUCUUAAUCUGCUAUUGACAAUUGGCGAGAUGUUGACUAGGCAUGUGGUCGAUGAGUUUGGAUCAUCAGAGGACCGGCCAGGGAUUUUGCACGGAAUGUACGGCCCUACAGAAGCUACCAUACACUGUACAGCUGUCUCCUCGAUCCGUGCAGGUUCCAUUGUUGGCAAUAUCGGUAUUCCACUUAAAACCGUCUCCGCCUUCAUCAUUUCGAUAGACCAUACAGUUGGUCAGGAACCAGAGAUUCUUCCAGUUGGCCACGUCGGUGAACUUGUGGUUGGAGGCCCACAGCUCGCUAGGUACUAUCUCAAUCGACCAAAGGAAAAUCAAAACGCAUUCAUCGAAACCAAGGCAUACGGACGUCUAUACCGAACCGGAGACAAGGGCCGCCUACAUCCAAACGGUGAGAUCCAGUGCAUGGGUCGUAUAUCGACAGGACAAGUCAAGCUCCGAGGGCAACGAAUUGAGCUCGGGGAAAUCGAAAGCGUUUUAUUAAAGGGUCAAUAUGUGAGAAAUGCCGCCGUGUGCGUGGUCCAAGGCGUGCUUGUCGCAUUCCUAUCCGCCGAUGUUGAACGCUGUACGUCCAAGGAUCUGCAAAUGACUUGUCAACGAUCUCUUCCAAAAUUUAUGAUUCCUGGGAAUUUUGUCAUCCUUGACGAAUUGCCACGGCUUCCAUCAGGUAAAAUUGAUAGGAAAGGCCUGCAGGAGGAAUAUAUAAUAUCCAAGGGCAUAGGGCAGGGCGAUCCCACCGAGUUUGCGGGUGAAACUGAACAGAAGAUAGCAGCAUCCCUUGAGCAGCUGCUAGGGUUCCCUGUUGGUCCUACCACGAGCCUUGCCUCUGCCGGACUCGACUCGCUAAAAGUAAUUAACCUUGCCUCUAUAUUACGGCGAGAGGGGAUAGUUCUCAACGCCUUGGACAUCUUGGAAGCUGAUUCCAUUCGCCAAAUGGCAGUCCUUGUGUCGAAACCUGAGCCAGAAUCAACUGUGGCUCCUAUCCAAGGCAGCGCCUUGGAGACCUGGAAUGCAAUAAUAGAACAAGGCCUCGAUAAACUAAAAUCCACCGAAUAUCGCGAACACCCCUAUGAAAUCAUCCCCUGCAGUCCGACUCAGACGGGUAUGCUUCUGGAAACCAAGUUAAACCCAAAGGCGUAUUUCAACUCUAUCGAACUGCAGUUCGAUCAUGGAAUUUCUCUACAAGAGGCGAAGAGAGCAUUUUUUGCAGUUGCUCUGCAAAACGAGGUGUUGCGAUCUGGCUUCGUCGAGAUCGAUCUUCCAGGCUUUCCCUAUGCACAAGUUAUCUGGGAAAAAUUAAAUUCAGAUCAAAUCAGUGAACCACAAAAUUUUGACUACGAUCUAGAGCUACAGAGCCAAUGGGAUAUUCUGCACCCAUUCAGAGUCCAGCUGGGUCUUGUUGACGGACAAUCCAGAGCUUUAGUACAUAUUCAUCAUUCUCUAUAUGAUGGUUGGUCCUGGGAUCAGAUUAUGCUAGACAUAGCAGCGGCACUCGGAAAUAAACCUCCCGUCCAGAGGCCACAGUAUCGACUCUUUACCCUCUUUCACAUGAACCAUACUUCCUCUGAAUUCCGAGAGCAGGCUCUAAAUUAUUGGCAGUCCCAUCUGGAAGGUUCAUCGCCGUCCGUGUGGCCUAACUUCCAAGACCGAUCCGAUAUUUCCAAAUCAACUGGAGUAGUUACACAUCAACUGAGCAUCGACCUGGACAAACUUGAUGCUCUGGUUCGAGACUUCCGUGUAAGCCGACAGAUCAUCUUCCAAGCGGCCGUUGGAUACCUACUUGCAGCCUAUAAUGGCGUUUCAGAUGUAAUAUUUGGGACUGUAUCCGCUGGUCGUACGCUCCCUAUCGAUGGAAUCGACAGUAUCGUGGGGCCUUGCAUUUCAACUCUUCCAUUGAGAUUCGAUCUACAGCGAAUUCGGACCGUUCGAGACUUGCUUGCAAUCCUUCAUGGUUUGAAUAGGAAGACUCUUGCACAUGGAUUUGUUCCCCUUCGGGACAUAAAGCAGGCAUCAGGGGUUAAUGUGGCGGAACAACUAUUUGAUACUUUGUUCGUCUGGCAGGACACUAUCAAUACUACUUGCGGCCCAAUAACCCAAGUAGCAUCGAGGGAUUUCCUCGAAUUUACAUUAACCGUUGACAUCGGAAUUCAGGAUGGCAAAAUACAAGCGAAGGCUAUCUUUCAGGAAUCAAUUCUUCCCGCCAGCCAAGCUAGGAUAUUUCUGCAGCAAAUCGAAGGAUUCGUUUCCACCGUCCUACAAACCCCUGAUAUGUUGCUUGGAGAUAUCGGGCAACAGCUUCCAGAACCUCUAUUAUCAAUUGAGAAUGCCUUGCCAAUGUCGUUAGAGUCGGUACCUGACCUUUCAUAUGGUGUUGAACAAGUCUCCAAAGCCGAUCCAGAGAGAAUUGCGGUUGAAUUUUUGGACUCUUUAGACCCAGAAACUGGAGCCAGAACGACGCAGACCCUGACAUACUCUGAACUAGAUACACGCUCCAGCAGGCUUGCAGGCCACCUUAGAAGACUGGGUGUUAUUGAGGGUAACUUGGUUGCCAUAUGCCUUGAAAAGUCGCUCGAGCUUUACGUUUCUAUUCUUGCGGUGGUCAGAGCCGGCGCAGGAUAUGUGCCAAUGACACCACAAACGCCCAUCAUGCGAGUGAAACAUAUUAUCCGCGAGGCGAACUGUCAGAUUUGCAUUACGGAUAAGGAAAUUUCAACCCAGCUGUCUGAUCUCCCAGACACAAAAUUUAUCCACGUUGAUCAUGAUAUAAUGGAAGAGGAUGUCCAAUAUGCCCUUAUGUCGAAACCCCCAGGCUCCGGUCCUGCGUACGCGGUAUUCACAUCUGGGACCACUGGUACCCCAAAAGGAGUUCUUAUUUCACGCUUCAACUUAGAGAGCAACAUAGCUGUUCUGUCUGCCCUUUAUCCUGACUUCCCAGAGUCACGGCUGCUCCAAGCAUGCUCUCAUGCAUUUGAUGUUUCUGUGUUCGAGAUCUUUUUCACCUGGAGCAAGGGAAUGACCCUAUGUUCUGCGAAAAAUGACGUUUUAUUCCGGGAUAUUGAAGAGGCAAUUCGCAGUUUGCGAAUCACCCAUCUCAGCAUGACCCCAACGGUUGCCGCACUAGUAAGGGCGAAGAACGUGCCUCUGGUUAAAUUCCUCGUAACGGCUGGUGAAGCGAUGACCCCGAAGGUUCUGAUGGACUGGGCAGGAAGGGGCUUAUGGCAGGGAUAUGGUCCAAGUGAGACAACGAAUAUUUGCACGGUUAGGCCAAAUCUUUGCAUGUCCCACUUUAUAAGCAAUAUUGGGAAACCCUUCGUAAACACCUCUGCGUUUGUUCUUACGGAAGGGGAUGGAUUCUCUCUUGUCCCUCGAGGAGCAGUUGGCGAGCUUUGUUUCGGAGGAGACCAAGUGGGUAUUGGGUAUCUGAAUAUGGAAGAACUUACGCAGCAGAAGUUCGUCACUCAUCACAAAUACGGUAGGAUAUACAAAAGUGGAGACUAUGGGCGACUUCUUGCCGAUGGCUCGAUUGCUUUCGCUGGUCGUCGUGAUGACCUAGUAAAGAUCAGAGGCCAGCGCAUUGAACUGGGUGAGAUCACCAGUGUUUUGAUGACUGAUGAAAACGUUAAGGACUGUGCAACGAUCGUAUGCGAGGGCCAAAAUGGUGGCAAUCAGCAACUGGUAUCUUUCUGGGUUCCUGACAAAAUCGGUAUCAAGGGGCUUGACCAGCCCGAAAAUUCUACUAUUCCCCAGCAGCUUUUCGAUCACAUAAGCGACCGCUUGCCUACAUAUAUGAUCCCGUCAUUCCUAAUCCCAAUUAGUCAUAUUCCAAUGACGACAGUUGGAAGGAAGAUCGACAAAGGAGCUCUACUUGCCAUAUAUUCAAAUGCGGAUUCUGCGUUGCUUGAUGUAUACUCGCGCGGAAAAGACGAAGAGCACAUACAAGAAAACCUGUCAGAGAAUGAAGCCAAGAUCGUGGAAAUUGUUGCACAGGUCACAGGGGCCUCCACGAAAGAGAUCGGACGACAUACUUCAUUUUAUCGACUAGGUUUUGAUUCAGUGAUAGCGAUCGCGCUUUCUCGGCAGUUGAAACUUGCUGGCUUUGGCCAAAUCGAUGUCUCGAUCAUCAUAAAAAACGAUUCCGUGGCCCGUCUCGCUAGAAAAUCGCAGCAGAAACUUGAGGCCCCAGUGUCAGGCCUGCGGGCUCUUCCAAAUUUCGAUCAUCUGUUCAGUCCUGAUCUGUUAAACAAAAUUAAGAACGAAGUCUCUUCUCAUGGGAUGAAUGUUGUGAAAGUUUUACCAUGUACAUCCUUACAGGAAGGCAUGCUUUCGGGGAUAGCAACUGGGAAUGGUGAAUCGUACUAUAACCAUCUAACCUUUGAAAUCAGCGCGGAUGUUGAAGCUAUGGAAGUGGCCUGGAAGAAUAUGGUUGCAAGACAUGACAUGUUGCGAACUUGGUUUCGACAAACUAAUAACGCCCGUUUUGCAUUCGUACAGGUUGUUCUGGAGAAAAUAGACAUCCCUUGGCAGACCAUUGAAUGCACCAUGGCGGAUGCUCCAUCAAUCAUAGAGCAGCAGAAAUCUACAGUCUCUGUCGAGGAGGGGCCCCGUUCACUUUGCUCUUUUACCAUUGUUCAAUGCCUUGAUUCUCCUAAGGUUUUUCUACUGCUGUCCAUUCACCACGCUUUGUAUGAUGGCGAGGCAAUGGAGGUACUUUUGCAAGAAGUCGAGGAAGACUUGUUGGGAUCUCAGCUUCCACCAGUCGUCCCAUUUGACUUGUAUCUUCAUGAAAUGAUCAAGCUUAACGGCGAGUCGAUGGACCAGUUCUGGAGCGAUUACUUGAAGGGACUUUCCCCAACGCUAUUCACCGCGCCAUCUUCCUUAACCAAGGCAAAGCCGAAACAAUACCGAGCUAUCUCCCACAUGCCUGACAUACGUCUGGCUGAGAUAGGGAAUGUAUGCAGAAUUUCCUCCGUGACUACUCUUAGCCUUUUGCAGGCUUCCUGGAGUAGGCUUAUCUGUUAUCUUUCUGGUGCUUCUGAUAUUUGCUUUGGAGAUGUGAUGAAUUGCAGGAGUAUAUCCAUUGAAGGAGCGGAAAGAAUUGUGGGACCUUGCUUUAACACUCUCCCUGUUCGGGCGAAACUCAAUCAAAACAUGACCAAUAUCGACCUGAUGCGGAACCUGCAAAGGGAUAGGUCUGCCUCUCUUCCGUAUCAACUUAGCUCAAUGAGGCGGCUUCAAUCACGAUUUGGUCAGCGCGGUCUCAAAAUUUUUGACUCAUUAUUACUCCUACAAGGCACACCACGCCCACUCGACGAGGCAUUGUGGAGAAUGGUCUCUGAAAGUGGCACUAUGGACUUUCCUAUUAUCUUUGAGAUCGUUCCAAAUCGAGAGGAUGACAAGAUGUACUUCCACUUCCAUUUUGACGAGGGUCUUAUCCCAUUGGCAGACAUUGAUGCUAUCAUUGGUUGUUAUUCUGCCCUUUUAAGCCAUACACUUCGCUUCCCGGAGGCUAGGGCGAUGGAUUUCACUAUCACAGACCCCAUUAGCGAUAUAGCCCAAGGCCUAAGCGUAUUCAGCAAGGAACAAGAACUAAAUGGAGAGUCUAAAAUAAACGGAUGCCAUCAAGCCCAGGAGGGAGCCCUAGCAGAGACGCUAGAAGUCCGAGACCUGCUAUCGACGAUGUCAAAAAUAGAUAAGAAGUUUAUCGAAAUGGAUAUGACGAUAUUUGAAUUAGGCCUUGACAGUAUCAAUGCAAUUCAAAUUGCUGGACAUUUUAGGAAGGCCGACUAUGAAAUCUCAGCAGCUGAUAUCUUAGAGGGACCUUCCAUUAGGGAGAUAGCGUUAUUCCUCCAGCAGUCAAAGGCUGGUGGUUAUGAAAUUCAGAGCCUUCCUACAUUUGAUUUUGGGAGCUUUCAUUCGUUACAUUUGACCUCAAUUUGCGAUAAAAUUAAAAUGCCCGAAAGCAGUGUUGACGCUAUACGACCAUGUACUCCACCCCAAGCAGGUAUGCUUGCGGCUUUCAUAAACUCGGAGGGAGUCCUUUACCUUAACAGCCUGAGUAUGAGAUCCCCAACACCACUGGACCUUUUCGCAUUAAAAGCGGCGUGGGAAGAAGUUAUGAACAGGAAUGAGAUGCUCCGAACCGGAUUUUGUGAUGUGAAAGACGAUACAUUUCCUUUCGCGAUGGUAACCUACCGCCCGGGAAUUAUGGAACUCCCCUGGCACGAAUGUCCAUCCCCCGUCGAAAGCUUUAUUGGCGCACCAUGCGAGCAUAAGCUUGAAAAUAGGGAUGUAUUGAAUCGAAUUCACCAGCUCCCUUGGUUCCUUACAAUUAGAGCAGGUCAAGAAUUUACGCUCAUUCAAGUUUCAGCACAUCACGCUCUUUAUGACGCUCAUUCAAUGAAUCUCAUACUAUCAGAAGUCCUAGAAUUAUACCAUGGGUCCUCGUUGCCUCAACCAAUUCCAAUAUCCCCUGUGUUGAGAUUCAUGGCUGAGAAAUUCCAGUCUCCUGAGUCCGAGGCCUAUUGGGGAGAGGUGGGCCCAGCAUUCCAUGCAACGAAGUUCCCAGAUAUGAACCCCGUUCACACUAAAACGGACAAAAUUCGUGUGCUCUUCAGACACUGUUCAAGCCUUAUGGAAGAACUCCAAGUGGGAUGUCGUGUGCUUGGUGUCACUUUACAAGCCGUCGGACAAGCUGCAUGGUCACGAAUUCUCUCCUCAUACCUUGGGGAGUCAAGUGUGGCCUACGGCCUAGUUCUUUCGGGAAGAAAUAUGUCGGAAGAGGCACAGGAUACUGCUUUCCCUUGUCUUACAACAGUGCCGGCACAGCACAAUGUCGAGGGGACGAAUCGGGACUUACUUGACCAGAUUAUGAAAUCAAAUGCCCUAGCGGUAAAACAUCAGUUCACAUCUUUAGCGAAGAUCCAACGCCUGAGCAAAUCUGAUUCCCCGCUAUUUGAUACACUGUUCGUAUUUCAAAAACUCGCCCCGUCGGAUAAAGAAGGCAGCCCCUGGGAGGUGGUUGAUGAAGAGAGCAAAACGGAGUAUCCGGUUUCAAUUGAGUUGAUACCUGAUGGCAAGACACUCAAGCUUGCGGUCACAUUUAAGAACCGUAUCUUACCUGAAGAGCAGGCCGCACUGCUAUUGGAUGAGCUUGACUGGUUUCUAGCCGAUAUACUGCAAUAUCCCGAUUCCACUUCAUCAAACCUCGACUCUGCGAAUCGUUCUAUCAUAUCCGUUUUACCAAGGAAGGAUUCCAGGAUUGAAUGCCCCACCCAGCUUUUACAUCAGUUUGUAGAAGUUGGAGCUGCUAACCAUCCCUCUAAAGUGGCACUUGAAUUCGCAGAAAGAUCAAAUGGCAAACUAGUUCCUAAGAGCUGGACGUAUAAAGAGCUAAAUGAACAGGGGAACAAAUACGCGAACUUACUCAACCAACUCGGAGUGAAACAAGGGACGUUGGUUGGGGUUUCCUUCCAAAAAUGCCCAGAGGCCUAUUUCUCCAUACUUGGAGUUCUCAAAGUUGGUUGUGCAUUCCUUGCCAUUGACCCUGGAGCUCCAAUCGCUCGAAAACAAUUCAUAGUUGAUGAUUCGGGAGCGAAUGUGCUUCUUUGUGGGAUAGAGCAAAAAGAUGAGCUGGAGAGUCUCACGGGUAUCAAAGUAAUGGCAGUCAACGAAGCUGGUUUGCUGGAUGGAAUCAAUUCCACACCCCCAACCCUGGAAACUCCGAUUACAGGCGACGCAACGUGCUAUUGCUUGUAUACAUCAGGAAGUACUGGUACACCAAAGGGAUGUGAGAUAACACAUGACAACGCAGUUCAGGCAAUGCUCUCCUUCCAAAGGUUGUUUGACAAUCACUGGGAUGAAUCAUCUCGAUGGUUCCAAUUUGCCUCCUUUCACUUCGAUGUCAGUGUCCUCGAACAGUAUUGGACGUGGAGUGUGGGAAUAUGUUUGACCUCCUGCCCAAGGGAUACUCUGUUCGAAGAUUUUGCAGGGACCCUCCGGGAUCUAUGCAUCACACACAUUGACUUAACGCCUAGUCUUGCACAAUUGAUUCGCCCAGAGGAUGUACCAUCUCUUUGCCGUGGUGUAUUUAUCACCGGAGGAGAGAAACUAAAACAAGAAAUUCUGGAACAUUGGGGCCCUCAUGAAGUGAUUUACAAUGGAUAUGGGCCAACGGAAGUCACCAUCGGCUGUACCAUGCUUCCUCGUGUUACAUCUUUGGAUAAACCAUCCAAUAUCGGACCGCAAUUUGAUAACGUUAGCGGCUAUGUUUUUAAACAGGGUACUUCUAUUCCUGUUCUACGUGGUGGCAUCGGGGAGCUCUGCGUAUCUGGGCCCCUUGUUGGCCGUGGUUAUUUGAACCGACCGCAAUUGACGGCUGAAAAAUUCCAGUAUAUUGAUACCUAUGGAGAAAGGAUUUACCGAACUGGUGAUUUGGUUCGUAUGAUGCACGAUGGAAGUUUCUGCUUCCUAGGGCGCAUUGAUGACCAGGUGAAACUCCGAGGCCAGCGGCUCGAAAUCAAUGAGAUAAACCAUGUGAUGAAGAAUUCUACGGACGAAGUUGGAGAGGUGGUGACAAUGGUUUUGAAACACCCUGCAGCAACCAAAGAACAGAUUGUAUCUUUUGUCACUGUUCUUCCAUCAACGGCCACAAAAAAUAAGCCACAGGUUGAUUUCAGCCCUGAGGCUAGGUCGGUCUUGGAGCUUAUUCGACAAGAAUGUCAGAUGCAUCUACCAGGGUAUAUGAUCCCAACUCAUAUCAUCCCGCUGACAAGACUCCCCCUCUCAUCUAACAACAAAAUUGAUAACGCUCAAUUACGAGGGAUAUUCGGGUCUAUGCAAUUAAGCGAUAUGCAAGAACUGUCUUCCCAUGAGCUGGAAAGCGUUUCUGGGUCGACAGAAACAGUUAGGGCCAUUAUUCCAAUUCUCUCUAAACUCACGAAGGCUGAGGAGAGCUCAAUUUCACCAUCUUCCAACAUUUUUGAAUUAGGCCUAGACUCCAUAUUGGCAAUUUCUUUUGCUCGGUCGCUUCGAGAAGCUGGCUUCCCAACUGCACGUCCAUCAGUGGUGAUGAAAUGCCCAACCCUUUCAAAGCUAGCCAAGGCCAUCGAAGCCCCUGGCAACGACGCAGAAGGAGAAAGGCGCCGGUAUGAAGAUGCAAAACAAAGAAUCGUUGCAUUUUCCCACAUGCACACGGCGCAGUUAGCAAGUGAAUUGAAGGUUGCUCCACAAGGCAUCGAGGCAAUGACUCCUUGCACAUCCUUGCAAGAUGGCAUGCUCUACCAGUGCUUGAGGAAUGAAUCUCAUCCGUACCUAACAUCGUUCAACUUUGAACUAAAACCUGAUGUCAGCUUGUCAGACCUAAAAGAGGCCUGGCGCCAGACCCAAUUUUCUCUUCAGCUUCUGCGAACCAAAUUUCCUUUGACAGAUGACGGAUAUGCCCUUGUUGUUCUUAAAGAGGACACUUUCCCAUGGUUUGAAUUGGUGGCGCCAGAUGACGACGAACUCGAAGAGGUGUCAACUGGUCAUUUUAGGGAGUGGAACCUCGGGUUUGAUAAUUUUGUUGGUCGAGUCUGGGAAAUUGGAAUUAUUUCAAGCCAGGCUCGCAGGUGGAUGUGCUUGAACAUAUUCCAUGGGUUGUAUGAUGGAAUCAGCCUUCCCCUCCUCCUUGACGCAGUAGCAGCUGUAUAUCGUGGAGAGAAGUUAUCAAAGACGACACCAUUUACUGAUAUAUUGCCACUUGGACCACUUUGCACCGUGCCGGGCGCUAAAUCAUUCUGGACCCAUCACCUUGAGGGCAUGAACCAGAGGAUAAUACCACAGAUAGCAGCCCCAGAAGCCCACCCUAGAACCUCAACCAUUCGUAUCGAGGGACUAGUGGGCCUCGAGAAAACGAGAAGAUUGCUGAAUGUGACGGAGCAGGCUAUUUUCCAUGCUUGCUGGGUCCACGCAUUCGAGAAAUAUUUCAAUUUCAUUCCAAUAAUGGGGAUUGUGGUUUCCGGGAGGUCGUUUGAUUCGGAGGAUGCUGAUACCGCGAUUGGACCUUUAUUCAAUACUAUCCCUUGCAACAUCACCAGGUUUGAUUUCUCGUCCUUUUCGGACCUUGCUAAAGCUUGCCACGACUUCUCUGUCUCCGUACUUCCUUUCCAACAUACGCCUUUGAGAUCAAUUAUGAAAUGGGUUGGCCGAAGUGCUGAGAGCCCUCUCUUUGAUGUAUUGUUUGUUUUCCAAAAGGAGGAAGGCAAUGCGUCUCCUUCAGCACAAUCUUUAUGGGAGCCUGUGGCAUCGUUCGCGGAGGCCGAUUACCCCCUAGCCUUGGAAAUACAAAGCCAAGGCAACGGAUCCUUCCAAGUGACUGCAGUUUCUCAAGGAGACAUCCUGACGCUUGAUGGUAUCUCCGACUUGUUAGCACAAUUCAAGCUUUCUUUAAGCAUACUGGCCGAGGAACCGUCCUCAGUUCUCAGCUUCUCCACGAACUCAAAACCGGCUAAAGCUACGUCUGACCCGGUUGAGGCUACGCUCCCUGGCGACAACCUAACCAACGGCACGGCUAUAUUCGAGUGGAACCCGACUGCAUCCAUGAUUAGGCAAGAAAUUGCAAAGUUAGCCAGUCUAGACGUGUAUGCGAUUACGGAAGAUUCUUCCAUCCUCGAAGUUGGACUGGAUAGUAUCGAUGCUAUCAAGCUCUCCUCUCGCUUGAAACGAGAGCAUAUAGAUAUCUCCGUGAGCAAGAUCAUGCGGAAUCGAACCAUACGGAUGAUGAUGACGGAGAUCAUGACUGGCGAUAACACAGCUAACAGCACCAUGGUUUCUUUAACGUCGUUAGAUGCCGAGUUACGACAAUCUUUAGAGGAAGAUGGAAAUGACUUGAGUGAAAUUGAACACGUCCUCCCUGCGACGCCACUCCAAGAAGGCAUGCUUAGUGAGAUGAUGGCUUCUGAUGGCCACCAUUACCUCAACCAUGAUAUUUUACAGAUUGGAGAAGACGUGGAUCUCGACUUGCUGAAAAAGGCAUGGGAAAUUAUUGCGAAGCAACAUCCCAUCUUCCGGACCUCCUUUGCCGCGAUAUCUAAUCCCAACUUGCCAUUUUCUUACGCCCAGCUUGUUCACAAGUCAGCGAUCGAAAUGGAUUGGAAUAUUGUAGACCUGGCCGACAAGACCAUUGAAUCAAUCCUUGAAGAAGAGCGAGUCCGCGCGAUGCCACUCGCAAUGACAAAGCCACUUUUUAACGUACGACUUCUUCGGGACGGAAUUAAAUGGCUUCUUGUCCUUUCUCUCCCUCAUGCAAUGUAUGACGGAUGGUCACUUGGGCUGUUGCACCAAGAUGUAGCGAGCGCCUACGCUGGCAAAGAUUGCACGCGGCCGCCGUAUCACAACGUUCUCGAACAUAUCCUUACUUCUUCUGGAGAAGCAGGGUCGCAGUUCUGGAGGGGAGCUCUCGUCAAUGCAAAUCCAAGCAUAUUCCCACAACUGCCUGAUGCUGGGAAUGAAGGCCCUCUGGUACAUCGUGAAGAGACUGCAUCCGAUAUUCCACUUCCAGAAGUAUUGCAAUUCUGCAAAAGACACGGAGUUACGGUCCAGGCUCUCGGCAUUACAUGCUGGACUAUUGUCCUUGCCAGCUAUCUCAAACAGCUAGACGUUCUUUUUGGUACUGUCAUGCUUGGUAGAGACACAGAAGAAGCAUCAAAUGUCGCAUUUCCAACUAUGAACACCGUGGCAAUUCGUGGCAUCAUUCAUGGGACAGUGUCUGAAAUGCUAGAUUAUACCCAGAAGAAUCUUGCGAAUAUCUUAGAGCACCAGCAGUACCCCUUGCGAAAAGCGAAGGCGAUGGCUGGAAUAGGGAACAAGGAACUGUUCGAUACCCUUUUCAUUUAUCAAAAGAGCCCUAACGUCCAGCAAACGCAAGCUAAGCCGCUAUACAAAUCUGUUGAGGGCUCCUCAGGAGUGGAAUAUUCCGUUUGUGUUGAAUUAGAAGCUGUCGAUGAAUCCGCCGUAUGGCGCGUUGCCUGCAAGGAUACGAUUUUAGGCAAGAGGGACACUGACGAACUCGUCUCCCAACUUCUGCAGGUAUUCAAGGCCAUUAUACGAUCCCCAGACACACCAACUGCAACAUUCAUCAAAGAUGGAGAAUCAAUCCAGGCCCUCCCAAGUCUAAGUCCGAAUGGCGCUGCAGCUCUGAACGAAUCGAAUGGUAACAAUGCUGAGAGUAUGUCGUGGUCACCGCUUGAAGAGCAAAUUAGGACAACCUUGUCGUUGGUUGCCGGUGUCCCUAAGGAAUCAAUCACCAAGCUCACCACAAUUUUCCACCUUGGAAUCGACAGUAUCAGUGCCAUCAAGGUUUCUUCGUUACUGAGAAGAGAGUCCAUAAUUAUUUCCGUCAGAGAUAUGCUGCGGGUUGAAACGAUUGAAAAAAUGGCAGAUACUAUCACUUCCUCACAGGAGACUAAGAAUUCUUCUGGAGGAGACUCGUCGUCACUGCAGAUACCAAGGAACGGCAACAUUGAUCUUCAGCUCCGUAAAUACGGGAUAAACCCAGAGGAUGUCAAGUCACUCCUUCCUGCCACUGCCGGACAAAUAUACAUGCUGGAAAUGUGGAAGAGUUCAAAUGGAAAGCUUUUUUUCCCAGAUUUCUUUUACAAGGUCACUGGGCGUAUCACCAAGAGUCAGCUAGACAACGCAUGGGAGCAACUGCUCGCCAAACUGCCUAUUCUGAGAACAACGUUCCUGUCUACAGACGAUACUAUUGUACCUUAUAUCCAGGCAGAGUUGAAGCAAGUCGAUAAUCCGAUCAUCUGGAGGCCCGAUUUAAAGAUCAAAUCCAAUCGGCGCCAUGUAAAGGCGAGACAGGGAUCGGGUCUUGUUUAUCUAUACGCCUCUCAGACAGAGGCCGAGACUAUAUUGAUGCUCCAUGUUCACCACGCCCUGUAUGAUGCAGUGGUGAUUCAGCAUCUAAUCAACGCGUUUGAGUCGAUCUGCCAAGGCAUAUCUGCUCCCAUGAAUUCCCAUGUCGACAUUUCAGAAUUCAUGGCAUUCAGCCAGGCGAAAUCAUCCCCAGAGCAGCAGAAAGCAUUCUGGGAAAAAUAUCUAGGAAAGGACACUCUAGCAACACCACAGCUGCCUAGACCCGCGGUGGAUGUUCAGAUUGGCGUGGGGCAGUAUCACCCAGCUCUCCUAGAAAGCACCGAUUGGCUGAACAAAAUGUGCCAAAGUCAAGGUCUAUCAGUGCAGGCCGUGUUUUUGGCAGUCUACUCCAAGGUCCAUGUCAAAGCGUUCCCUCAACCUAGCGAAGACCUGACAGUUGGUGUCUAUCUGGCCAACCGCUCGCACGAUAUGGUCGGACUUCCUGAGCUCAUCGCGCCAACACUUAACAUUGUACCACUCCGCGUGGAAAAACCGAGAUCGCGCUCUGUAUUCCAACUCGCGCGGGGCAUCCAGGGCGACCUGCAUGAAAUUGGCUCUAUCGACAACUGCGCCGUGUCACUGGCGCAGAUAGCUGAUUGGACUGGAAUCAAGGUUGACACAACGGUAAACUUUAUCAAGCUACCGGAGUUGUCGGCACAAGAAGCUGCAGCAGACGGAGAUGCUCCACAGCUGGUUCAGAUUGAAGAGGAGGAGGUGCAUGGUUGGCAGGACAAGGAGUGUAAUGGCCGUGAGGUGGAUGAUGACGGACCGGCCAAGCUCUGGAUCGAGGAGAUGCUCGGAGGCGAGACUGGGGCUGAAAACAAGACCGCAAGAGACAUUUUCAAGCCGUCCAUUGACGUCGAGGCGGCGGUUAGAAACGACCGGCUGGAUGUUGGGGUCUUUGGCCCCAGCAGCGAGACAGCUUCGGGGGUCCUGGAUGAAUUACGACAGCAACUGCUGAGUCUCCAGGAUAAGUGA